AUGGACGAAAACGAAGAACAACCUGAGAUGAAAAAGAAAACUCUUAAACGUGUUUUCUCGAGAUUUUCUGAGAAGACGACGAUGCACGCCGCACCCUAUAUCAAUAGUGCUACAUACACUACUGCUAAAGUAAUAUGGUCGUUCCUACUAGUAGCCGGCCUCGGGGCAAUGACACUGCAUCUUUACUUCCUGAUCAAUAAUUUCAUACAAUGGCCAAAGAAAACGACGCUAACACUUGGAUUCAGCAAUUUGGAACUUCCCGCCAUCACAAUUUGUAAUGUAAACCCUGUUCGGAAAUCCCAACUAUACAGGACGAGCGACAAGUUGCAAGACUUGGUAGACAUAGUGGAUCCUGUAAAAUACUUCGAAAACAGAAGAAAGAAGAGGUUUGUGGAUGCCUUGGACAACAGGAACUUGAGUACCUACGAUGACGAGACGGACUAUGAUGAAUACUAUGACUAUUAUGAUAACCAAGAUGACUAUGAAAAUGACGAAUUUGAAGGUCCGAGGGACAAGUUAGCAGAAAUCAACAGCAUAUUCACUGAACUGUAUAUGAAGGAAGAAAUGGGUGUCCGGGAAGAGAUUGGCCAUAAUAUCUAUAGGAUGCUCAUGCGCUGUAUCUUUAGUCGUUUCUCGUGCUCGGCAGACAAUUUCACCUUGUUCCAAUCUCAGCAAUAUGGCAACUGUUAUACAUUAGACCAAAAGAAAAUGAUUGUAAAAGAGUCUGGCCCUGAAAGAGGGCUUACCUUGAUGCUGUAUACGGAGAAUUAUGAAUACCUGGAUGGAAUCACAGAUGGCUACGGAGCAAGAGUGCAUAUCCAUGCCCGUGACACAUUUCCGUUUCCGUAUCAAUCUGGCUUCUUUGUACAGACAGGGCAUGAAACUACCGUCGCCCUAAAACAGACGCAGAUAAAUCGGAUAUCGAAACCACACGAAUUGUGCAUCAAGUCAAGAAUUCAGAGAUUUUUACAACAAAACGUACACCAGGCAGUUCGAAGAGGAUGUGUACCAGCGGGUCAGUAUCUGCUCCGGGAGUCGGUAUGCGAGGAUCUUCCAGAUGACUGUGAGAUUUUGAGAAAUUCCACAGUGGAAGGCCUGGGGAGAAAUUUUAUAAAGCUUGUAAUAUAUUAUAAACAGCUAAACUACCAGUACCUGAAGGAGGAGCCAGACAUUGAGAAUUCACAAUUUGCCUCGGACGUUGGUGGAGCAAUUGGACUGUGGAUUGGUUUAUCCAUUCUAAGCAUAUUUGAGAUAAUCCAACUGAUUGUAGAAUUAGUUGGGUAUUGCAUUUACCGAAAUGAGUUAAAGGAUAAUAACAGAAAACGACAAAACGACCCACCAAAGAGGUAUGAAAAUGACAAUAGGCGGUUUAAAGACAGACCCGUGUAUUAUGUUGCCAAUUCUCGUGACAACGAUGGUGACCGAUAUGCACCUCCGCCGUCAUGGCAACAAUCCCAGGAGUUACCGGAAGUUAGACUGUAUAAAGGAGGAUCGUCACAUAACGGGUCUAUAUAUAGCUCACAAUACGCACGACCAUCAUACUGA